UUUCCACACUGGCUGUCUUCGUGUGGUCCAGCCCUGUUUUGUUUGGCUGAGAGAUAGGGCGAUUUUAGGCUCUCCUUUGAAAGCUACUUUUUAAUUUUAUUUUAGAAACAGCCUCUUCCUAUGUAACGUAGGCUGGACUUGAACUCAAGAGCCCUCGCAAGUGCUGGGACUGCAGGCUGCUCUCAGUAAGCGUUUGAGGAGGCCAGAAGUGGGGCAUUACCUACUAACAUCUCUUCGGGGGGAAAGAAAGGAGGAAAGAGUUAGGGUGGAGUCGGAUGUAACUAGGCCAGGGACCCUGAGUGACUAGGUGUAUCUCAAAAUGUCAGAUUCUCUGGAUGAUUUAAACAAAUGCUUUGGAGAACGGCAGAGGUUAGGAGAGCCCUGGGGUCAGACUGUUAAGGUUUUGCAGCUUUUAAUAGCUGUUCUUUCCUAACUCCUGCUGGCUUCCUUCUCCAGGUGUGUGCUAGGAAUACUGAUGCCUGAUGACUUCUCGGGAUCAGCUAGUGCAGCAGGUGCUGCGCGAUCUGCAGGAGGCAGUAGAGUACAAGGACUUGGAAGGGCUCAUCAGUGCUGCCCUGGAGGCCAAACAGGUCUUAACUUCCUUCACCCUACCCAUCUGCCAGAAGGGUGGCCCUGGCGCCCAGGUGCUGGAAGUGGACUCGGUGGCCUUGAGUCUCUACCCAGAGGAUGCUCCUCGGAACAUGCUGCCCUUGGUGUGCAAGGGUGAGGGUAGCCUGUUGUUUGAAGGGGCCAGCAUGUUGUUGUGGGGGCACACCGGUCUCAGCCUGGAGCUGCGGGCCCGCACUGUGGUGGAGAUGCUGUUGCACAGGCACUAUUAUCUCCAGGGCAUGAUCGACUCCAAGGUGAUGCUGCAGGCUGUGCGCUACUCCCUGUGCUGUGAGGAGUCCCCUGAGAUGACCAACCUGUCUUUUGCCACCCUGGAGGCCAUCUUUGAUGCUGACGUCAAGGCUACGUGCUACCCUUCAGGCUUCUCCAAUAUGUGGCACUUGUACGCUCUUGCUUCCAUCCUUGGGCGCAGUAUCUACUCCAUCUACCCCAUGCACAAUGUUAAGAUCCGACCCUAUUUUAACCGCGUUAUCAUGCCUCGCCGCUCCACCCACGUGACCUCCAUGCUGCACAUCAUGUGGGCCGGUCAGCCCCUCACCAGCCACUUCUUCCAUCACCAGUAUUUUGCCCCUGUGGUUGGGCUGGAGGAGGUGGAGGCCGACAGUACUGCGAGCCUGGACUCUGUUCCUCCAAACCUGGGUCCUCUGCUACCACCAGCCAAAACCCUAGAGCUGCUCAACCGUGAACCCAGCCUCAGCUACUCCCGCCUGUGUGAUCACACCAGCAUCACCAAGAGCACCUUCUACCGCUGGCGGCGGCAGACCCAAGAGCACCGGCAGAAGGUAGCCACCCGCUUCUCUGCCAAGCACUUCCUGCAGGACAGCUUCCACCGCGGGGGCUUUGUGCCAUUGCAACAGUUCCUGCAGAGAUUUCCUGAGAUCUCUCGUUCUACCUACUAUGCCUGGAAGCAUGAGCUGCUUGGUACUGGUGCCAACUCAGUCCAGGUCCCAGCCACUCCAUCCCGGGAGGCACUGGCUGCGCCAGAGGUGGAGAAGCCUUCAGGGGAAAAGGCUGCUGAGGAGGUGGGGUGUUCCCCACUGGCAGCGGCAAUGUCAAGCCCCACUAGCAUGAUCUUAAUGCAGCGUGCCAAGUCUUACUUGGAGCACUGCAUCUCCCUGAACAAACUGGUACCCUAUCGCUGCUUCAAAUGCAGGUUCCCUGGUAUCUCGAGAUCCACCUACUACAACUGGAGGCGGAAAGCCCUCAGGAGGACCUCCAGUUUCAAGACUUCCCCAGCUCCUGAAACUGCGGAGUCUCUCCAGUCAACACAUGUUGGGAAAGAGAUGCUGCUCUCUUUCAAGAGUGAGGUGGGAGAGGAGGGGACAAGGAAAGCAGAAAGUAGAGCUCCUCUUACUUCCCAGGGGCUCAAAUCCCCAAGGAUGCCCUUUUCUCGUUGGCAGAGACGACUGCGCAGGGCUGCCCGCAAGCAGGUGCUAAGUGGGCACCUACCCUUCUGUCACUUCCGCCUCCGAUACCCUAGCCUGUUACCUUCCACUUUUUGGGUGUGGAAAAGUCUUUCCGGAAGAUGGCCCCGGAUGCAGGUUCCCUCUAAGGGCCAAAGGAAGCGGAAGCCAGAGGAACGGUGGAAGCCGGAGGAGCUGGAACCGCAGAAGCCGGAGGAGCCGGAGGAACCACGGAAGCCAGAAGAACGGUGGAAGCUGGAGGAGCCGAAGGAACGGCGGAAGCCAGUUGAAUGGCAGGCUAUGGAAGCUGUUCAGAAUGUAACGUCUGUGGUGGUUCCUCCAGUGGAAACACUGCCAGUGGCUGCUUCUCUAGAAAACACCCCAGAAGAUGCCCCAGGAGGGCCUUCCAGAGAGGGGAUCAUUCAAGAGGUAGCCAUGGCCCAGGGCCAACCCCAUAGUGGACCCUUGCCAAGCCAGUCUAUGGCGACGGCACCAGGUGGCAGCGGUGGGCAGAUGCUGGUGAUGGACAUGCUUACCACCGCUAGGUUCAAGGCCCAGGCCAAGCUGUUCCUGCAGAAGCGCUUCCAGUCUAAGACUUUCCCGUCCUACAAGGAGUUCCAAGCUCUCUUCCCACUCACCGCCCGCUCCACCUACUACAUGUGGAAGCGGGCACUCUAUGAAGGUCUCACGCUGGUUGAUGGCUGAUGGGAGGGGAUAUAGAGCAUGGGAAGGAGGGGAGCUGAGUUGCCUCCUGACUCGGGCUAGGAUGUCCUUUGCUCUGUGUUCUAUAAUUUCUUGAUGGAGAGGUGGAAAUCAGCCACCUGCUCUGACAAAACCUAGAGGAGGGCAAGUUGUCUCUAUGGUUGUUGGCUGGUCACAUAUUUUUGUUGUAUUUAGGUUUUCUUUUUUUUUUUUUUCAUUAAUUUGGGUUGGCAAGACCCCUCCACCUCUUGUCAGUGUUAAAGCUCUGUUGUGUUUGUACCAGGGCUGCUCUCAGCUUUUCCUGGGCCCACAAGGAAAGCAUCACAGCAUGGCCAGUAUCUCCUGUCAGACAGAAUAAAUAUAUAUGCUUUUUCUUUUCUUCUUAAGGGUUAUAUCCUUUUUUUCCCCCCUCAAAGAUGUCUUCCAAAGGAACAUGAGGAUUGAGUCUGAGGCAUCUGUGUGGGUUCUGCCUCAGCUCCUCAGUGGAGAAGGACUGAGCUUCACAGAACAAACCAUGGUAGCCCCUAAGCCAGGGAAAGCUGCCAGACACUGGAGACCCCGAAGUGGGCAUCCUGCACCCUCUGCUGGGGGUGGGAGUGGGGUCUCUUCAGGUCAGGUAUCUUCUAGCCUGGCUGCUGUUGGGGACCUGCCUUUCUGCUGACCGUCCUCAAAUGCCAGGCACAUCUUGGGCAAGGAGCUAUAAGGUUACAAGCCUGGUGGGGAACUGAAUUUUCAUUGUCCAGCAGCACAGUUGGAAAACCAAAGAAAAUAAAGUGAUGUGUUGCCCACACACA